AUGAGGUAUCUCGUUAAACGUGAUAUGAAGUGGUCCAUGAUGCGCCUGCAGCAGACUGGUCUCUCAACACAGGUGAUGGAGGCUUGGCUGGUCACACAGGUGGUGGAGGCUGUGUUGACCUCAACACAACAUGGCAGCUACUCUGUAAUUUUCAUUACGGACGGCGGUACCUCACCCUCCACUAUCUUCAUGAUAAUAGAUCAUCUACGAUUUCCUGGAGGAGCUGUAUUAUUUGAAGCAGUAACUAAUGCCUCAGAUUUCACCCAGAGUGAUAAGCACCUCUCUCUGCUGAUUGAUAAUGCUAAGCUGCUGCGGAAGUUGUCAUCAUACACAACAAUUGUGGUGAUAAGUGACGAGGCAACCUUCCUCGCCGCCUUCGUCAAGUGGUCCGCCAAGGGGCGCCUCAUGGUGUGGUCGACGAGGCUCCUCAUCCUCACUCACUCUCGCCUCAUGGAGCUGCAGGAUCUCCACACAACCUUGUCCAACCUCAACUCUAUGUUGGUUAUUAUCAACGACGACACAACAAACAUCAGGUGCAGUGUUUACGUCCAGCUGCCGUAUAGUCCGCGGGGAUCCCAGGUUGUGCAGGUGGCCUCCUGGACACCUCGUCGUGGCCUCCUCCUCACCUCACACCUCCCACUCUUCCCGGAAAAAUUCUCAAAGUUCCACCACCGACCGAAUCUGCGGGUGGCGAUCGAGGAGUCUGGCUUCGGUAGGUUAGUGAGUGUAAAUGACCCAGGUUCCGGGUUUCACAGGAUUCACUUCCAGGGCUCCUUGGUGAAGAUGAUCGAAUACCUCUCUGGUGCACUUAACUUCACGUACACCUUCGUUCGACCUCCUGACACAGUCUGGGGAGUUAGACUUAAUAAUGGGUCAUGGACCGGCAUGAUGGGCAUGGUGGUGAGAGAGGAAGUGAGUAUCGGUGCUGGACCUUUCAUGAUCGAUAGAUGGCGAGCCGAGGCGGUGGACUACACUGUGCCAAUGGUGUUAGACUACUGGAGGAUCCUGGGGGUCCGAGGUCUUCCAGAGGUGGACCCCUGGGGCUUCCUGUUUAACCUGGCACCGCUGGUGUGGGCAGCCAUUUUACGGGCCCUGGUGGUGCUUGCUUCAACUGCGUUCCUCGUGUCAACCUACUGUACUUACAAGAGUGAUGACCACGGCUACUGGCUUCACGUCACAUUCGGAUAUAUUCGCAUACUAUUACAGCAAGAUACGACGCUACCUGUGUACUGGUUGUGGGAGCGGGUGGUGUUGAUGGUGUGGAUGAUGGUGACACUGGUGUUAACACGGAGUUACUCUGGCAACCUCAUGGCUCUCCUGGCAGUGAGACACAUCCCUGAACCUUACCAAACACUACGUGACGUGAUGGACGACCCGUCAGUGAAGCUGAUAUGGCAAAAGGACUCUGCAACUGUUCCUUAUCUGAAAAUGCCGAAGUCUGGUAUAUACCGGGAGAUAUCCGAUGCAGAGAAGACUGGUCGGCUCAUAUACAUACCACAUCCGCAGUUCCCAGAAGUUACGGAUACUUUGGUGAGACGGGGCGACCACGUCCUCAUUGAUGUCCAUGACGGUGUCAAGACUACCAUUGCUCAAGACUUCACUAAAACUGGAAAAUGUUCGUUUUAUGAAUCCAGAGAAGAGUUUCUGCUGGCAAUGUUUGCAAUGAUUAGUCAAAAAGGCAGCCCACUUGUGCCAAUAUUAAAUAAGAGGAUAACGUCGAUGACGGAGGCUGGGUUGUUCUUCCAGUGGUUGAUAGCUGAAGAACCCAACUCCACUGUGUGUGAUCAUGUUCCCACCAAGAUCACUGUCAACGUGGCACUUUCUCUUAGUAAUGUAUGGGGAAUGUUUGUUAUCCUCCUGGUGGGUCAGGUCACCAGUCUGUCUGUGUUCUGCCUCGAGCUUCUCAUUCGUCGGAUUCAACAAAAUUAG